UGUUGAAUGUUUGGGAUUGUUGUGAUGGGAGGCCGCAGCCAUCUUGGAUCAGCGCCGCUCCACACUGAGCAGCAGGAGAGGACUUAGGACGUUAACGGUAGAGCCAGUUAACUAACGUUAGCUGCUCGGACAGAUUAACCACAAUCUGUGUCGCUGUGUGGUGCGACUAUGCUUUACAUCCGCUAUUUUUCUUCGUUAGCUGCCUCUUUGAGUGCAUAAAAAUGGGUAUAAACUGUGUUAAGCGUCUAACGUUAUAACUCCGGUGAGGGCGGCGGCGGUGCAGAUCCACGGUAUAUUUUUUAAUUUCUGGAUAGAGGAGUUACUAUGAAUGGAGGAUAAAUGUUGCCAAAGGCUGACAGCAGCAGUUUCGUCCUCUUCUCUCUUCUCUUCGUCCUCACGUUAACGGACCCACCACGGACAGGUCCGCGGCUAGCUCUGGCAAGAUUAUUGUCAGAGCAGCGCUGCAGCCCUGGGCAGUUUGCCUGCCGCAGUGGGAAGAUGCAGUGUAUCCCAAUGUCCUGGCAGUGUGACGGCUGGACAGCAUGUGAGGACAAGAGUGACGAGAUGGACUGUCCCCCUAUAAAGGAGGAGAGGUUUCGUUUUGGCAAUGGAUAUGACCAGGUAGAAGACGUCAUCGGUGUGGCUCAGCCUGUGCGCUUUAACAAGAAAUGCCCCAGUGGGUGGCACCACUAUGAGAAGACGGCCAGCUGUUACAAAGUGUACCUGAGGAAUGAGAACUACUGGCAGGCCGUGGAUACCUGUCAGAAAGUCAAUGGCUCAUUGGCUACUUUUGUUACCAACGAGGAGCUGCAGUUCAUACUGAAGAUCGAGGUGGAUUUUGACGACAAAGUCUGUGAGCGCAGAGACCAGUGCAAGUUCUGGGUGGGCUACCAGUAUGUGAUCACCAAUCAGAACCACUCCCUGGAGGGCCGCUGGGAGGUCUCCUACAAAGGGUCGAUGCAGGUGUUUCUGCCACCUGAGGAUCUGACCAACUUUGGGGACGCGCCUCCCACCCAGGACAACGUCUUCUGUGCCCAGCUGCAGCGCUUUCAGAUCAAAAGCAUGAAUGAACGAGGCCUGCACAGCUGGCACGCUGAGAACUGCUACAAGAAGUUCCCCUUUCUCUGCAAGAGGAGGCAAACGUGUGUGGAUAUAAAAGAUAACGUUGUAAACGAGGGCUACUACUUCACCCCUAAGGGGGACGACCCGUGUCUGAGCUGCACGUGUCAUGACGGCGAGCCUGAGAUGUGCGUGGCUGCGUUGUGUGAGCGUCCGCAGGGCUGCCAGCACUUCCGCAAGGAUCCCAAAGAGUGUUGCAAGUUCACCUGCCUGGACCCAGAUGGAAGCAGCCUGUUUGACUCUAUGGCCAGCGGAAUGAGACUGAUCGUCAGCUGUAUCUCCUCCUUCCUCAUCCUCUCUCUGCUGCUCUUCAUGGUCCACAGACUCCGUCAGCGGAGACGUGAACGCAUCGAAACUCUGAUUGGAGGAAACUUGCACCACUUCAACCUUGGAAGACGAGUCCCAGGCUUUGACUACGGCCCGGAUGCCUUUGGCACGGGCCUCACUCCCCUGCAUUUGUCUGAUGAUGGAGAGGGAGGCGCUUUCCAUUUCCAAGAGCCUCCUCCGCCGUACGCAGCCUACAAAUACCCCGACAUCCAGCACCCUGACGACCCCCCUCCUCCUUACGAAGCAUCCAUCAACCCAGACAGCCUCCUCUACGUGGACCUUGGACACCGUGGGGUUUCCAUGGUGCCGAGCCAGAUGAACGCCAUGGGAGACGGGCUCCAGACCGAUAUUCCUAACGCCUCUGGUCCCAUGCCAGACUCGGCGCCGUCCUCUCAGGAGAGGGAGGACUCUAUAGAUAGCAGCACCUUCCUGGUCGGGCCCGACACCCCGACAGAUGGCCACGCCUCCGCUUCCAUGCCCGCAGACUGCGCCUCCUCUCUCAGUACCGUAAUAUAGGACUGUGGACGGACAGCAGGGAGCUGCAUCCGGACAUUACCUGCUGGGUAAGGAUGGUCCUGAGUGCAUUCUGCACCCGGAGAGGACGCAACAGACUGUGUUCUCGGUUAUCGAAAUGCUGACUGCAGGGACAAGAGUUUAGGUUUGUACAGACACAUCAGAAGCAGCCCGUUUUUUUCUUUUGAGGUGCGAGGAUGCCCUCUUUCUGAAGACUCCUCUGCAGUUGUCCUUCUGAGUGUAUUUCUUUUUGUUUGUUUUGUUUUUUAAACACUGGCAUCUGAGGGAGCAGAGAGGACUGUUUCUUACGGC